AUGAUGGUCGGCAGGACGAGCGCCAUCGCGGCGGGGGUUUGCGGAGCUCUCUUCGUAGGAUAUUGCAUUUAUUUCGACCGGAAGAGACGCAGCGACCCCAACUUCAAGAACAGACUGCGAGAACGGAGAAGGAAGCAGAAGGUGGCUAAAGAGCGCGCUGGAAUGGCCAAGCUUCCUGACCUCAAAGACUCAGAAGCGGUGCAAAAGUUUUUCCUGGAGGAAAUCCAGCUCGGGGAGGAGCUUCUGGCCCAAGGUGAUUACGAGAAGGGCGUGGACCACCUGACCAACGCCAUAGCUGUCUGCGGGCAACCUCAGCAGCUGCUGCAGGUCCUUCAGCAGACGCUACCGCCGCCUGUCUUCCAGAUGCUGCUCACUAAGCUGCCCACUAUUAGCCAGCGCAUCGUGAGCGCACAGAAUCUGAGCGAGGACGACAUCGAAUGA